AUGCCGACACGUAAAUACGAUGGCAAGACCGAUCUAGAGGAUCAUAUAUCGGCUUAUGAGGGACACAUGCUGCUAUAUAAUGACAUCGACUCGGUAUGGUGCAAAGUGUUGCCUUCUACACUAUUCGGCAUCGGCCAAACAUGGUUCAAAAGCAUACCGCCGGCAACCGUCUUUGACUUCCGUCAACUCACGUCCAUGUUUGUCACCCACUUUGUCAGUAACAAACGCAGGGAGAAAACUAUAGGCAAGUUGAUGCCCAUCAAGCAAGGAGACUCUGAAAGCUUGAGGGAUUAUGUAGGAUGUUUCAAUGCCGAAGCCGUUACCAUCCCCAGUCUGCAACUGGAGAUAGCGGUCUUGGCUCUAGUAAUAGGCCUGAGACAAGGGACCGCCUUCAGAAGUUAUCUGGGCCGUAAACAGCUGACCAACCUAACAGAAGCCCUUGGGAAGGCAAACGACUUCAUCCGAGGAGAAGAAUUUGAUAAGGUGGCAGCUAGUAAAAGGUCGGCUGGAGAUGGAAAAGAAAAAGAGAAAGAUCGCCGGGAGGACAAGUACCGGAAAGAUAAAAAGCCAGAAAGCUCCAGCAGGAGGGAGGAAAGUAAUUCGGUAAAGAAGGGUUAG